AUACUGCUUUUUGAAUUCUCACCCGUACAAACCAACCGGAUCGCAAGUCUAGGAUUGAUUGCUUUUUUGCGCGAUCGGAUUCCUCCAAUUUCCUUUCAUGCCGAUUGUAUCCGUCGCAAACUGCAGUCCCAGGUUGGCUGCAUGAUGCCCCGGAGCAUCCCCGAUCACUCCCAUUGCCCCUAGCCAAUACCCUCCAGUCAUCCUCUAGGACAGCUCCAUUAUGAAGCGCUCUUCAUCGGAUGUCGGUCUCGAGUCCCCUCGGAAAGAUGACCGGCGUGCGUCUCUGGCCCCGGACGGACGGGCCCCGGUCCCGAGGAUCUCCAAAGCCCGCGCGUGUGCGGAGUGCAAGCGCCAUAAGAUCCGUUGCGAGUUCAAACCGGGCGAAGCCACGUGCAACAAGUGUAUGCGCAGUGGAAUCAAAUGCAUAGUCAAUGACUUUUCGCAAAAGUUCGUCGACGACGAUGGAGUAUGGAAGUCUCAAGCGGCGGCCACCAUUCAGCAGCUCCAAGCCGCCGUGGCACACUUGCUGCGCCAGAACGCACUCCCGGAGCUGUCGACGUAUUUCGCCAACGAUAGCGGUCAGAAUGGAUCGAGUCCCGCCUCGUCGCAUUACCGUCGCGAUUCGGCGUUCGAUGGCUCGCAGUCGAAGAUGAACUUGAACCAGACCAACCACGUGAAUCACUCAGAGCCAGGGGUUAUGAUGGACGUGACCAGAGAGGCCUCCCAGGAGCCGGACCUUGGAGACCGAGAAGAGCUGGUGCCGGCGCCGAUGCGCAGUCUCUACGAAGUCACGAAGCUGCGCGACUUACGGCAUAACCCGGUGCAACAGCCCAAGCUCACGCUGCUGGAGGAGGACUUCAUCUCACGAGGGUUGAUCUCCAUCCAUGAAGCGGAAGAACUAUUUGCAUACUUCAGCCGCACAAUGAACCAGCUGCUCUGGGGAGGAAUCAUCCUCGUCCACCGGGAUCUAACAUCCGUCCGACGAGCGUCAACCCUCCUCUCCGCGGCGGUCCUCACGGUGGCGGCCCUGCACAUCCCCAAUCGGACGGAAACGCUGAAUCGGUGCUACGGCGAGUACGUGUCACUGGUAUCCGACAUGUCUCUGACUCGAGCGCACACGCUGGAUGACAUCCGCGGGCUGUGCGUGGGCGCAUUCUGGCUCUCCGAGCUGAGCUGGAAGCUGUCUGGCCACGCGGUGCGAAUCGCGACGGAGAUGGGUCUCCAUCAGAGCUACCAGAAGAUGAUGCGGGGCCAUGGCGAUCAGUACGAGCGAGCUCAGCUCUGGUACCUGCUCUACGUCUGCGACCACCACUUUAGCAUCGCCUACGGGCGACCUCCCGUCAUCCACGAGGACGUGGCGAUCAAGAACUACGAGUCGUUCCUGCAGUCCCCGAUGGUGGUCCCGGGCGAUAUCCGACUGAUCGCGCAAGUGGCGCUGUUCAUGAUCCUGACCGAGGCGUAUCGCAUGUUUGGCAGCGACACGGAACAGGCCUUGACGGAGGAAGAUUUCGGCCAGCUGCGGGUGUACAACGUGGCCUUGGAUCAAUGGCGACUCCUGUGGCAACCCCGAUCGAGCGACAGCCCCUACGUCCGCACCUACCCCUCCAAAGGCGUAGUGCUACACUACCACUUCGCCAAAUUCCAACUCAACUCGCUCUCCCUGCGCGCGCUCUCCCCAACCAACACCCCCGUCUUCUCCAUGGACCGCAAAGAAGCCGCCAACAUCGCCAUCUCCUCCGCCAUGGCCUGCCUAAACAUGGUCCUCGAAGAGCCCGACAUCCGGGACGCCAUCGUGGGAGUCCCAAUUUUCACACACACCAUGGUGACCUUCUCCGCAGUCUUCCUGCUCAAAGUCGCCGUCAACUGGAACUCAGCCUACCUGAGCAUCGACGGCCGGCAGGUGCGCCGGCUCGUCGAGCGCGUCAUCGAGCUGCUCAAUUGCGUUUCCGCGGGCGAUCGACACCUGACGCGGCAUAUUGCGCGCGGGCUCGGCAAGAUGCUCGAGCGGUUCGACUCGUGGGAUACGGCGUGGCAGGGGGGUGUGGGCGGGGGCGCCGCUACUGCUGCUUCUGGUGUACCUGGGGGUGCAGGGGCAGGGUCAGGGGCAGGGACCGUGAACCGGGCCGAUGGCGAUGUACCCGGUGGAGCCAAUGCCAUGGCGCAGGGGUUUCCGCCGCCGGACCUGAUCUAUGACAUGGUAGGGACGUACGGGUUCGGGUUGGAUGAGAAUCUGCUGGAUCCGAGUAUGGCCAAUUUUGAGUUUUUGGCGCAGUGACC